AUGAAGCCCGCCAAACCCGCCUCAGCAACAAUGAACGAACAAACCUUCGUGCCCGCCUCAAUGCGAGCCCUGUACUACUCGCUCAUGCCAACAAGCGACCCAGCCCUCACAGGGGCAGGAGCGAUCCCAGACGGGCCCAGCACCACCACCACCAUCUCCACAGAAACAGACACAGGACUCGGCAAAGGGCUAGUCCUCGACAUGACAUUCCCAACCCCCCAACCCUCGGGCCACCAGUACCUGCUGAAGAACCAAGCCGCGGCCUUUUGCCACGACGAGCUCCGGCUCUCGGCGACGCUGAACCCUGCCAAAACCACGCCCCAGGUGCCGCUGCACAGCCUGUGCGGCACGGUCAUCAGCACGCCGGCUGAGGAUCAUGCGCGCGAGUCUGGUCCGCGGUUCAAGAUCGGGGAUGUGGUGUUUGGCUUGGUGAGUUACACGCGCGACGGUGGGGCAGCCGACUACACAUUGGCGACAGAGGAGGAGAUUGCACUUAAGCCGGCGAACAUCACUGCCGCGGAGGCGGCAGCGCUGGCUCUGCCAGCGCUGACAGCGUGGCAGGCGCUGUUUCGAUAUGCAGGGCUUGACCCGGAUGCACCGGGGAAUGGGAACGGACAUGCGCAGAAUGGGCAUAAGAACGGCAAUGGCAAUGGCAAUGGAAAUGGUCAUAGCAACGGCAACGGCUGGCGCCACAAGAAACUGCCCCCGCUGCGCGUGCUCAUCACGAACGCGCGCGACAGCGAAGUCGGCCGCAUUGCCGUGCAGUUGCUGCGCGCCAACAAGCUCUUCCCGGCCUCGGUGCGACCCUGGCUCUGCGUCAGCUGCACAGCCGCCGAAGAGGCAAUCGUGCGCCGCGACUGGGACGUCGACGAGGUGCUCGUGAUCCCGCAUCUUCCGACGCAGCCCGAAUGCGAUCUGGGGUCGAUGUUCCGUGACCGCCGCUGGGGCCCUGUCGACAUGGUUCUGGACUGCGCCGGCGGAGAAGUCUUCCGCCAAGCGCAUGCCGCCUCCGUUGUCAAGGACUAUGGCGCCGUGCUGACGGCUGUGGAUGCGCGUCCCGCGCAGGAGCCGACUGCUGCUGCGGAGCAGGAUCCUUCGACUCAGCGUAAGCGCGGGCUUCGUAGCCGCUUUGUGCCUGUUAAUCCUGAUGGAGCAGCUCUUGCGCGGAUUGGUGGCUUGGUGGAGGAGCAUAUGGUUCGGGGCCGCGAGGAGACGGUCGUGGAUUUGGUUGAUGCGGCUGGUCUGCUUAUGGCUGGAGCGGCGGGCACCGCUGGGGGUCGACGGGGUGGGAUGAUGGUGGUUCGUGUCAAUUGA